AUGGUCUUGAGAGCAGCACGCCCCCUCCUCUCCAGGGCUCAGACCUGGACAGCCGAUGCCCUGAACCCGCAGUUGCUCAAGGCCCAAUACGCCGUGCGUGGCGCCAUUCCCCUGAGGGCUGGCCAGAUCGCCGAGGACCUGCGCAAAGGCGUGGGCAGCUACCCCUUUGACAAGGUCGUCUUUGCCAACAUCGGCAACCCCCAGUCGCUUCGUCAAGAGCCAAUCACGUUCUUUAGGCAGGUGCUGUCUGUGCUCGAGCUCAGCUCCAACGCCGGUAACCACGAGCACCGCAAGCAGAUUGAGAACCUCUUCCCCAAAGACGUGGUUGAGCGCGCAGAUGCGUAUCUGCAGAGCGGUGGUCUCAUUGGCGCCUACAGCGACUCAAACGGCAUCCGCCAGUCGCGUGAGGAGGUUGCCCGCUACAUCUCAGACCGUGAUGGAUAUCCCGCGAGCCCCGAUGACAUCUUCCUCACGGCCGGUGCCAGCGAGGGCAUUGCAAACGUGCUUGAGGCCCUCAUUGCAAACGACAACGUUGGCGUGAUGAUCCCAAUCCCGCAAUAUCCGCUCUACAGCGCCACCAUCACCCUCUGCAACGGCCGCGCCGUCCACUACUACCUGGAUGAGGAGAAUGCGUGGGACAUGUCGCUUGACGAGCUGAAGCGCUCCAUUGCCGCCGCCCGCAACGAGGGCACAGACGUGCGCGCACUCGCUGUCAUCAACCCAGGCAACCCGACCGGCCAAUGCCUCAGCCGCGAGGCAAUCGAGAACGUGAUUCGCUUCUGCAACGACGAGGGUCUUGUGCUGCUGGCUGACGAGGUGUACCAGACAAACACAUACGAUGCCACCCGCCCCUUCUUCUCCUUCAAAUCGGUUCUCCGCUCCAUCCCAGAGUGCAGCGAGAGCGUGCCGCUGUUCUCCUUCCACAGUCUUAGCAAGGGCAUGCUUGGCGAGUGCGGCCGCCGCGGUGGCUACAUGGAGAUGACAAACAUCGACCAGAGCGUGCGCGAGAACCUCCUCAAGCGCGCCAGCAUCAACCUCUGCGCCAGUGUCGCCGGUCAGGCAAUGGUUGGCAUGAUGUGCCAGCCACCAAAGCCUGGUGACGAGUCGUACCCACUGUACAACGAGCAGUUCACGGCCACAUUCGAGUCCCUCAAGCGCCGCGCCCAGAAGCUCUCGGAUGCCUUCAACAGCAUGCCAGGCGUCUCAUGCAUCCCUCCCACGGGUGCAAUGUACCUGUUCCCUCGCAUUGAGCUGUCGAGCACAGCGCAGGACGCCGCUGCCAAGAAGGGCCUCGCCCCAGACGCAUGGAGCUGCUCGAGCAGACGGGACUGGUGCUGCGUUGUGCCCGGCUCUGGGUUUGGGCAGCGCGAGGGCACGUUCCAUUUCCGCUGCACCUUCCUCCCGCCCGAGGAGGACAUUGACGGCCUCGUCGACUCAAUCAGGGCGUUCCAAGAGAAGUGGGUGGCGACCUACGGCCUUUGA